UUUAUAAAAAAAAAGAAUCUGGACCUUCUCCUCAGACAAAAGAGGAGAGUCUGUAGCACGCUGAGCAUCCACUGAUCCCGACGCGCAAGAACGCAAGAACGCCUUCCCAGACCCACCUGAGAACCUACCGGCGCGUUAAUUGUCCUUGGUGAAGGACGGAGAAAAGAGAGAACAAGAUCUGGUUUUUUUCACCCAUUUAUCCAGAAGAGCGCGGCUGUAUGAUGUCAUACCUGUGGAUUCUGCUGUUAGGAAGCCUUUUAGCUUCACACGGCGCGGCUCAAGAUGGUGCAAUGCAAGAACAAGAUCCUGACGCUACGGUAAACCCUGAGGCAGAUGAAGAUGUGGUAGAAGAGGAGAAGGCUGACCCUGGCACGGAGAACGAUCAACCACCUGAGGGAAACGCAGCAGAGACUGACCCUACACCUGAGCCUGAGCCUAAGCCUGAGCCUAAGUCUGAGUCUGAGACUGAGUCUGAGUCUGAGUCUGAGCCUGAGUCUGAGUCUGCCCUUAAACCUGAGCCUGAGCCUGAGUCUACACCUGAGCCUGCACCUGAUCCUGAGUCUGAGUCUGAGCCUGAGCCUGAGUCUGAGUCUGAGUCUGAGCCUGAUACUGAGUCUGCCCUUAAACCUGAGCCUGAGCCUGAGUCUACACCUGAGCCUACACCUGAUCCUGAGCCUGAGCCUGAGCCUGAGUCUGAGCCUGAGCCUGAGUCUACACCUGAGCCUACACCUGAUCCUGAGCCUGAGCCUGAGCCUGAGUCUGAGCCUGAGCCUGAGUCUACACCUGAGCCUACACCUGAUCCUGAGCCUGAGCCUGAGCCUGAGCCUGAGCCUGAGUCUGAGCCUGAGUCUGACCCUACACCUGAGCCUGAGCCUGAGUCUACACCUGAGCCUGAGUCUACAUCCGAGUCUGAGACUGAGCCUGAGGCCACACCUGAGUCUGACCCUGAGCCUACACCUGAGCCUGAGCCUGAGACUGAGCCUGCAGUUUCUAACACAGCAGAAAUUGAUGUUGAGGGGUCUGGGACACAAACAGGCAGUGAUCAGAUGACCAUUUCCACAACCGUUGCUGCACCUUUGGGAGAUAAGACAGAACAACUUCAUGAGACAAAAACUGCAGUUGCUCCUGCUGAGAAGAAAAAUGUUUUUUCAGAAGACUCCAAAGCGCGUGAUCAACUGGCCACUUCUAAAACCAUUCCUACACGUUUGCGAGAGCAGAUUGAACCAGUUGUGGAGAAAAAAAAAGAAAACCCCACACAUAAAUAUGCUAAUGAUGAAGUUUCACGUAAAGAGUCUCGAAGCUUCGUUCAAGCCAGCAAUUCCGACGGAAACAAUGCAGAUCCACAAAAGUCGGGCUCUGGAGCGCUAGCGGGAAUCCUGUCCGGCAUUAUCCUGUCUGCAGUGGGAGCUGUCAGUGCCUACUUUGCCUAUCAAAAGAAGAAACUGUGCUUUAAACAGGCUGAUCCAGAAGCUCCACAAAAGACAGAUGCACCAGAGGUUAAAUCAGAUGAUCCACAAGUCUGCAGCACCUUGCUGAAUUCCCCUGAAAAGUAGGGAUCUCUGACUGAAACACCUUCAGUCUAGCAAAAUGGCAAUCUCUCUGUUGGGCUCUUACAUGUGGAGCUACAUUACUGUGAGGUCCUUGUGUAGGGCUGUGUGUUUAUUUCUGACUGUAUGUCUGUUGUUGGUCAAUAUGAGUCUGUCUUUACAGCUUGCGUAUGAGUUUUUUGUUUUCAUUUUCGUUCAUGUGGGGGUGGAAAAGAAUUUGAGAUCAAGUGUAGUAACUUGAAAGGAUAAAACUUUCUUCCAUAAAGAAAUGUAUUGGUAACAUGCAAAUUCUUUUAUAUUUAUAUUUUUUAGAAUAGCCCACCCAAGAGAUUUUAUCUUUAGUUUGUAAUCAUAAAAUGGCUUAUAAAUUGCUUGUUUCUAAAAGUAAUUUUUGAAGUUUAGACACCAUCCUUCUUCAGGAAUUUAUAUUGGAUUAUUUAUAGCAAUGUGAUUCUUUGAGGCAAUCAAGGAAAAUGAAGAAAAUGCACACAAGUUCAAGCAUUACUACCACUGCAUUUUGUGGCUUCUGUGGAGAAGCUUUAGUAGUAGAAUUUACACCAAAUGUUCUACUGAUACUUUUACAUAAGUUUUGUAGUAGAGGCUCAGACAGCCAAAGUUGUGUUUGCUCUAGUUCAGGCUAAAGAGGAAGCAGAGUACUUCUUCUCUUUAAUCAGUUAAGUAAGGUCCAUAAAGAUGAAUUUUAUUGAAAUUACAUUUCAAAGUUAAAUCCUACCACUGUGAUACCCGAAGAGUCACCAAAUGAAUUUCUAGCAUCAUGUUUCAGUGUAUUUAAUAGCAAUUAAAGUCAAAAGGAUUUAACUGUAAAUUUCAUAAACCCGACAGACAAGCAGUGAGGUGUUAAGCAUUGUUGCGAUGUAGUCUGUGUUUGUCUGGUGUAAUGCAGUAGCGGUAUUUACUUCUCCACAGUGCCUUUCACUGACACGGCUAGGCAUGGUCGAUCUGGAGACACACAGGAAGGCAACAAACUAAAAUUGGUUAAACAAAAAAAUUAGCAUUACUGGGGAAUGUAUCAAAGAGCUGAGAAUGAAUGUCGUGUCAUUAAAAUGUUGAACAGUCGCACACAAAUGCAGUAAAUGAUUGUAACAGCUGCUCUUGACCAUGUUUGCAACAGGCCGGUUUUAGUUUCUCCACAGUUGAACUAAUCUUAAGCCUUCAAACAGCCUUGAUUUCUGCAGUAAAAGUCCCAAACUGCUUGUCUUUAAAUCUGAGCAAGCCUGUUGUUUACGGUGCUUUUGUAAGAUUCAUUUGCAAAUACCUUUCACCUGUGACUUUUAUAGGAAUUCUUUACAUUUAGCAGUGGUGCCAACAAGCCGACGCUGAUGGUCUUGAGUCAACUUGUUUGCUGUGGUAUUUUGUGAUAACUGUUGUGAAAUGCGUCAGAAACAGCUGCGCUACUGCUUCGUUUUAGCUACUGUAGCACAAACUAACUUCUGAACAGACUUUUGUCUUAAUGUUGUCGUCAUUUUUUUAUCUUCUCCGCUCCCUUUAAACUUUUAAAUGUGGUUAUAGAGAUUUCAGACUACUGCAGUUCUUGUAGUGUGUUAGUUGUUAAAGCACCAUAUAGCUGCAAUACAAGACAGAGACUGUUGCUAACAGCCUAGCCUCAAGCUGAAAUAUGAAUAGUCUGUGAUGUCACAUAUUGAUUAAUUCUACACUUUGAAAUGUGGGUUAUAGACAGAGUCAACGCUUUGUUGUCCUCCGUGUUAUCUUGUUAGCUGUAAUAGCCAAUAGAGCAGAUUCUCUUGAGAUGGAAAGUGGGAGAUGUGUUUGGUAUAUAUUUAUAAUACACAAAAUACUCUCUGAGUAACAGUAAAUUGUUUGGAGAUGACCAAUGAUGCCUUUAAAGUGAAAAAAAAGAUCUCAUUUGUUGUAGCCCUGCUCAUUUUUGCAAUAUAUAUGUCCAGAACACAUGGGAGCCAGUUUAGCUCGUGCUGGUUUGCGGCACCUUCCGUCCGUGAAACCAGGGUUCGACUCCGGGCUGCCCCUUGUUCCCUUCUCUACUUCUGUGCCGGUCCCAAGCCCGGUUGCUUUGAGAGGGUUGCGUCAGGAAGGGCAUCCGGCGUAAAACAUUGCCAAGUUUACCGUGCGACUCGUUCGCUGUGGCGACCCCUGAUGGGAAAAGCCGAAAGGGAAACAACAUAUGUCCAGAACACAUGCUUGGACUAAUUUUGUUGGAAGAGGGAUGAAACAAUGUUAACAUCCUGAAAAGACAGAGCUAGCACAUCUUACACAAUCAUUGUGUCCCUGGCUUUCCCUGUUGUCACAAGAGGCUGAAACAAAGCAUCCAAACCAGAAUGUAAGCCUUGGACCCCGAAGUGCACUUCACUGAUCAUGCUAAAGGGCAUCAGCUAACACAAAAACAAGGAGCCAUGUCCUCAAAAAGAAAAAGAAAAACAUAGAGAAACAAGAAGAGAUGUUUUCCAAGAACAUUCUCAUUGGGAGAAGCACUUUUUAAUCCUGUAUACAUCUUGAUAUGUAAUAAACAAGUUAAGACAAGUGUGAAACUUUUUCUGCUAAUUUAAAUUCCAUGUUUUUAUCCUGUGUAUGAACUGCAUUGUUGUUAUCUGGCACUUGUGGCUUCUGGAGUUGUGUAAAUAAUGUUUGAUGAUUAAAAUGAACUGUUUUAGUGGGA